GAUCACCUGAUUCCAGCAAACAUGGAUGGAAGACCCACCUGUGACCAGUGUGGAAAGACUUUCACCACAGCAAGUCACCUAAAAACCCACCAACACAGCCACACUGGAGAAAGACCAUAUAAGUGUGGCCAGUGUGGAAAGACUUUCAGCAGAGCAGGUAACCUAAAAAAACACCAACACAGCCACACUGGAGAAAAACCAUUUUGCUGUCACCAGUGUGGGAAGACUUUCACCAGAAUUGGUGGGCUUAAGAGACACCAGCAAGUCCACACUGGGGAAAGACCAUAUAAGUGUGACCAGUGUGGGAAGUGUUUGAGCACAAUGAGUGGGCUUAAGAGACACAAGCAAAUCCACACUGGAGAAAGACCAUAUGACUGUGACCAGUGUGGGAAGGCUUUCGUCACAGCAGAUUACUUAAAAAUCCACCAACGCGUCCACACUGGAGAAAGGCCAUUUUACUGUGAUCAGUGUGGGAAGGCUUUCUCCAGAAUGAGUGGGUUUAAGAAACACAACCGAAUCCACACUGGAGAACGACCAUUUGACUGUGACCAGUGUGGGAAGACUUUCACCACAGCAGAGUUCUUAAAAAUCCACCAACGCGUCCACACUGGAGAAAGACAUAUACCUGUGAUCAGGUGGGAAGACAUUCACCCAAAACGGCUGUGCUUAAGGUACACCGUCGUAUCCACACUGGAGAAAGACCUUAUUACUGGAUCAGUGUGGGAAGACUUUCACCCAAAUGGCUGCGUUUAAGGUACACCGUCGUGUCCACACUGGAGAAAGACCUUAUUACUGUGAUCUGUGUGGGAAGACUUACACCCAAAUAGUUGCGCUUAAGAGACACCAUUGUACCCCCCCUGGAGAAAGACCAUAAACUGUGACCAGCAUGUGAAGAUUAUCACCCCACGUAAGUAUGCUUAAGGACCACCUACAUGGACUUCUGACAAAAUGUUGAAGAGAGUAGCCACAUAAUUUAGAGCUCCUACAUGUCAGUUAUAACAGCCCCUCUAAAACUGAUUGACUUGAUGUACAAAUGUUUUAUAUCUUGUAAUGACUGGAAAUAAUCAAUGCAAAGCCACAGAAUCAAGAAAUCAACCUAAGAACAGGCUGCAUGGUCAACACUACCUGAACACAAAGAUUCUGAACCUGAACACACGGCGAGAAAAAAAUGACCAAGACCACAUUGAGAUCCUCCAAGCGGAGCUAGCAAGCAUCAGCAGAGACAUAAAAGACCUCCACCAUACAUCUGAGAGGAGCUGCAAGAAUUUAAGAACGGCAUAAAGACUGAAAUGAAACAGGACUGGCUUUGCUUAGAGAAGAUAUUUACCACAAACUCCGAGAAAAAAUAACAAAGAGCUACAAGAACAAAAGGAUAAGUUAGCCGAAGCUGAGGGCCGAAUAACUGAGCUGGAGGAGUGAAAUACUGACGCAAAUGAAGCACUGCUGAAACUACUAAACCAGACCCAACAUUUGCAAGACAAAUAACAGAGAAGGAAACAGGUCACGGAGAAAUAUAUCCACAUCUUUGGUCGACCAAAAGAAACAGAAGGAAACUCUAUGAGCAACUACUGAGAACAGAACUGGAGCUUCCUGAGGAGAAACACCUGAAAAUAUAGUGCACCCACAGAAGCAGAGUGCAGGUGUGCCUCUGAGAUCAGUAGUAGUCAACUUUCUGCAGUUUGAAAUCAAAGAAAUGAUCCUGAAAAAGGUGUGGCAGAAGAAGCUAAAAGUGGGAGAAAAGAUAAUACAGUUUGACCACGACUAUCCACCUGAAAUAGU